AUGACGAGCCUCUACAAGACGAUUUCUCCGUUUUCGACGCUGGAACACUUUCAGAAAAUCAUAUAUGAACUGGUAGGACAAGUUUUCCGGACUUUUACACCCAAUUUUAUGUCACCCUCUCAGCUGGCUCAACUCACAAAAGAGCCACAAACGGCGCUGGACGCGGCGAACGUUCGAAGCAACGUGCAUAUUCUCAAAAAUCACAUUGAACAAAUACUGGAAAAACGGAUUGAGGGUGAGUAGUUGAACUAGCAAAACGCGUAACGAGGCAGUCGAACCCGUGAGCACAGCGGUUAACGGCUGCGCCACUCGACCACAAUUCUGCUGGGGUGUAGCGGGCGGUGACAAGCGUGGUGCGAGUCGUCGCAUCAGAAAUCUAUGGUUAACAGUACGAAUGGUCAAACUUGGGACUGGAAUUUCAGCAUGUGUCAGGCGGUGAGUUUUGAUCUCUCCACGUGGGAGUGUCGUGUUUAUGGAGACGUACAAUAGCGGCGGAUGAUGAUACGCAUUUGAUUUAUUAUUGUAUGACCACCAUCGUCUCGAUUCCAAGACAUGUUUGUAGGCGAUAGGAUGCGAUAUUAUCAGUGAUGAUGGAGGACAAUAUAUAUAUAAUUUGGAUAGAUAAUAUAAUAUGCGUGCAAGGGACGUUGCAUUACUUUUUUCAGCGCUGCCGUCGGAGAGCAUCUCGGAGGACGAGUUCGAGGACGAAUGGGUCGUGCUCUCGUGGGGACUCCUCACCUCGCUGACGCGUUUGCCGCCGGAGACGGACCGCGAGAUCAGCCAGACGUUCAACCACCUGCUCGUGCGUUUGGUGAACGUGGCGCGGCCGAUGCGGGUGCCACGUGUCUGCGCGGCCGCCAAACUCUACUGGAACCGAUUUCACGAGCUCUACAACAGCUCGUUGCACUAUUUGCACGGACUCUACUCGCAAUUGGACAACCCGAAUUGCAAUAUCGAAAUCAAAAUGCGCGCGUUUUUUACGAGACAGGUGAGCGAUGAUCCGAUCGGCGCCGCACACUUGGAUUGAGGUAUUCGGGGUCCAAAUUGCAGACCGAUCGGAUCAGAUGAGCCGAGGUUUCCAAAAAGUUAUAAUAUUCAGUUGGAGCCGUGUCUCACUGCAUUUCGUCAAAUGAGCGCCGAGAACACGCCCGGCUUCCACUCCAAUCUUCGGCGUUCCCAAGUGGAUCGUCUGGCGAAACAGGAAAAGCUUUUGGAGCAAGAUUGCCACGAAAUCAAGCGAUAUUACGCGUCGCUCGCCUACACGUUGGGCCUUUUGGCGGUCCGAAUUCAAGGAUUCCGCUACGAGUGCCAAACGUCGACGGUGAAUUCGUACGCGACGCCCGAGACGCUUUGGCAGCUGCUCAACGCGGUCUUCGUCACCUACGAGCACGUUCUGAACGAUGCGCUCAUGUGCAACGAGCCGAGCAACUCGCCGAUUAUGGUCACCAACAAUCUGUUCACAUUCACUUGUCACACACUUUGUAGGGUGCGUUUUUUUGGGGCGAUCAUUUGUCACACAAUAUCACUCAAAAUUGCAGACGUUGAUCUACCGCUCGUUCGACAUCCAAAUUGUCAGCGAGGAAACGGCGAACGCCAUCCAAACCGAGAUGAUGCAGUGCCGGUCGGGCGCGAGCACACCGCGAGAGCCCAAAUGUUUUGCGUCGGCCGCUCUCAUCGCGAUGAAACCGACGACGGGCGUGAAGAGGAACAACGCGACGGCCAACUCGAAGGGCACCGGCGGCAAUACGGCGCACAAAAAGUCGGAUGUGAACAGUCAGGAGUUUGUGACGAUCCCGCCGACGUUCAGCGAGAACGCCAACGCCUGGCAGACGACGUAUCCGCAUUUAUUGUGCACGACUCGUCAAAAAGUGGGUUUUUCCGAGCAAUUUCCGACCUGCCGGUCGAUGCACCAUGUGGAGCCUCCCCUAAGCGUUUUUUCGCGAAAAUCCGCGCGCCCCCGGGGUAUUUUUUGACGUAGACCGUCAAAAAGUUGGUUUUUAGAGAAAUUUCCGACCGCGCCACUGUUCCCGGUCGAUGCACCAUGUUGAAAAAUCCGGGCGCCCCGCGGGGGGUAGUUUUUGACGUAGAUUCCGAAUUUUCGGGUUUCAGGACGCUGUCUUGCUGGAUUCUCGCGCGGGCACCGUCGGCAAACGGCCGCUCUUCUAUUUCUACAUUCGUGCGCGGACGUUUUCGCCGUCGGGCGACAACUUUCACGUGCGCACUCUGUCCCUUCCGUUCACGAUCAGUACACGUCGGAAUCAGGAUUGUCAGGUGCAGCGAAUGAACUCCUCGUACACGGCCACGUGUUUUUGGAUGUACGGUACUUGUACCAUCAACGGACUAUUGUUGAACUGGUGCGAUGAGUGUGAGUUUUUUUGGAUAAACUCAAGUAUCCCGACGCUUUUUGCGAUACGAUUUGUCGAUAUUUCAGCGCUGACAUGGCACCAAUUCAAGACGCUAACUCGACAAUAUUUCAUGGUGAACGGAGAGGUGACGCGUUCGAUGGAAGAGUCCGACUACGCGCUUUUGGAGGAUAAAAUGCACUGCGAACAAUGCACCGACGAAUCGGAAACCGACAAUAUCGGUUUGUGAAACUGCGGUUUUCACUGAAAUCUUUAUGUCUGAUAGAACGUUUUUGUAGUUGACAACUUUUUUCUACGGCCACUUUCUGGAGUACUGUAGCUCUUGGAAGUUAUGGAUAGUCUAGAGCUCUAAAAAGUGGUUCCAAUUUUCAGGAGCUACAGUACUCUUGGGCGUAGUCGUAUCAAAAAAUUGUCAACUACAAAAAUGUUGUACUAAAUAUGAGGUACAUUUUUGUAAUUGACAUCUUUUUUGUAAAUCUUGUCCCAAGACUACUGUAGCUUUUGAAAGUUGAGGCCACUUUUCUAAACUAACCCUAACUUCCAAGGGCUACAGUACCCCAGGGAGAGGUCGUAUCAAAAAGGUGUCAACUACAAAAACAUAGUACUGAUUGUGAUCUACAUUUUUGUAACUAACAACUUUUGUGUAAAACCAUUUCCAAGGCUACUGUAGCUUAGUAAUCUUUUUGAAGGCAUCUCGUUCAAAAACAUGCUCUGCUCCCAUCUUCGAUUCGACACGGACACCGUCCAAAUGCGUUUUUCCGUUUGGCGAGGUUUUCUUGAAGUGCUCCAAAUCUUUCAAGAUCCAAAAGCCGCUGUAAAAGUGCUCUGGGAGCACUAUCUGAUGCACGGAUUCUUGGAUACUCAGGCCGUCAUCGAUUUGUUAGGUUGGUUUUUAAGUCAUCUUGAAAAGUGUAGAACUCGGUUCGGCGAUAUUGUAUUGUUCUAAACUUUUUUAUUGAGAUUGUUCAUGUCUAGUAGAACAUUUUUGUAGUUGACAACUUCUUGAUACAACCUCUCCCUGGGCUACUGUAGCACUUGAAAGUUGGGGAUAGCUCGGAGCUCUAGAAAGUGUCCCCCAACUUUCCAAAGCUACAGUACCCCAGGAAGAGGUCGUAUCAAAAAGUCGUCAACUACAAAAUCAAAGUGCACAGCUAGUCAAACACUUUUGUAAUUGAUAGCUUUUCGAUACCACGUUUUCCUGGGUUACUGUAGCUCUCGAAAGUUGGGACCACUUUUCAGAGCACUCAACUAACGCCAAACUUCCAAGAGCCACACUACCCCAGACAGUGGUCCUAGAAAAAAGUUGUCAAUUGGAAAAAUGUUGUACAAAACGUGAAGAUUUCAUUGAAAACAAUUUGAGAACCAUAUCAUAUCGUUGAACCUUCCAAAUAGAAUCUUCUUCCAGGCUCCCGUCACAACUGCAUGGUCAUCCGUCUCACGUACAUUCUCGGCGGUUCCGUGUGCGUCAGCUACCGUAAUCCGUGCGGCGAAAUCAUUCAUUUGGAGCCGUUGGAGCUGAAGAAAUUGCAGGCCAAAAGCAUUUUGGAGUACAUUUCCGAUAUUGCCGAGACGGCGAAGGUACUCGUUUUUUUUGUUGUUGGGAUCUUUUGAUUCUAAGACCAUUUCCAGAUCGAGUACGUGCUCACCUAUCACCUCGAAUACAUGCCCGUGUCGAGUAUUAUCGAAAAAUAUUUUCCGGUGGACGACGUGAAGCGAGUGAGGGGCGUCGCGUCGAAUAUCACCGAUAAAGGACCGCUGAAUCAUGUGACGCAUGUGAAGUGAGAACAAACCCCAAUAUAUCUCGGACGUUUUCGAGCUUUUUUUUCCAGAUUCACACCGCUACGAGUGGCCGUCGUCGCGUGCCGCGAACAGACGCCCCGCCCAUCACCCCGGCCACCAGAAGUCGUCGAAAAUUCGAUGGAUUCACCGGAAAUGAUGUUCGCGACGCCGGCACUUCCACGCCGAUUUCUGCACGACAUGGACGCACACGCACACCAUCCGAACCCGAACGACCACGAUCCGACGCUUCUGAUGCUCAUGAACUCGAGUUCGUCCUCGUUGACACCGCCCUCGCCGAUCACGGAUCACAGUUUUGAAGCGCAGUUGGAGGCGCUCAUGAAGGCGUACGGAAAGACACCGCACGAGGUAGUUCUUUCUUCUGGACACUGUAUCUCGGCCGUCGGUGGAGAUAUCAAAAAGUGGUCAACUGAUAAAAUGUGCGCCAUGUUUUCACGAACAAUGUAUCAGUUGACAAAUUUUCGAUAUGUCCAUCGACAGCCGAGAUAUACUGUCUAGAAUGACCCAGAUUUUUCGCUUCUAAUUGAACAUUUUUCCUAGCUUCAACUGUUACACUUCAGGUCGUCGAACUGAUGUCGUUCGCGUCGAGACCCAUGGCCGCACCGCCCGCAAUCCGUUCGCCAACGCUCGCCCCACUUCCGGAAGCGAGUUUCGAGGACCUGCUCGAGGACCUCAACAAUCCGCUCAGCGCCGACUUUCUCUCACUCGAUUUCACCAAUUCUAACCAUUUUCUACGCGUUUAG